UUUAAAUCAACUUAAUUUACAACAGACACUUAAGUAAAUAGUUAGUUAGCUAUUAAGAGGCGCCGAUCCAUCGCAAUCCAAAUCGUUCAAAGGUAUUUCCGAAAGAAAGCCCAAUAUAAGCAACUUAGAAGCAAGGGGAACAGAAGCAGUAUAGACAAUUAGAGAGCAUAAACUCCUGUUAAAUAUAGGUCACCUAUAGCUUAAGCUAAAUCCUAUCCUAUGUAUGUAUGUAAAUCGAUCGGAAGUUAAGACAGUUAAGAGGUAAUCAACUAAAAGCAUCUGUGAGCCAUUAACUAUAAAGAGGCGAAACUACCAGCAAACUAAGAGGCGAAACAAAGCAUAGCAGGUAGCAGUUUCAAGAGAGAGCAAGGGCACAACAUAUAUACACACACAAAUCCACACAACCUUAUAUAUACCAAACCAAAUCAUAUCGAGCAGUCAUUCCGUAUACAUAGCAACCGAUAGCCAUGAAUGCACGCUCGCAAGUGUUUGAUCUGACCAUGGAGGGUCGCCAGGUGGACGAAGCGGUGGCCACCAUCUUUCACACAGUACUCUUCCACCGCUGCCUUGGCAAGUACAUGUAUACGGGCGAUGCCCAGUACUCCAUUGGCACUGUUGGCUACACGGACGUCGAUUGCAACUUUAUUGACUUCACCUAUGUGUGCUGUACCUCGGACAGCCUGACGCAUCGCGUGAAGCGAGCCAUUAAUUCAUUCAGCGAGAAACUGCGCUCCAACGAAAGCUGCGGCUCUGGCCAGAUUAGCCUAGAGUUCUUCCAGAAAAAGAAGAACCGCUGGCCAUUCCCACAGGAGUCGAUACCAUGGGAGGUGUGGACGGUGCAUCUGGAUCUAAUCAAGCACGAGAAUGAGGAUGAGCGCCAGCUUUGCCGCGAAAAUGUCUCCGAUUUGCUCACCGAAAAGGUGAUAUACAUCACCGAGCUAAUGAACCGGCAUGACUAUGUACCCAAAACACCCAGCCAAAGUGAGCUGGACCUGAUCUUCGACACAUCCUUCCCCGAUGUGCAGCCGUAUCUCUUCAAGUUUGAUUACUCUACCUCGGGAUCGGCGGCACCCUCCAUGGGGAAUGCGAUGAAGAAGAUCAUCAAGGAAACGCUCGCAAUGUGACGGGCUGGCCUCGUGAGGUCACCAUCGGGUCACAAAGGUGGCGUUUACGAGUUUAUUUAUUCUUUUUUUCGACUUUACAUUAGUUUUUGUUUUCAUUUUCGUUUCGUGUCCACCGUUUAUUUGUUCUCGCAUAUGUUUAGUUCUGUAAUAGUUGCUGCUGCUGCUCCAUUCGCCUCUAAUUUUAGUUUAUCUUUGGGCGAGAGCCAUUUGCAAUGGUGAUAAGAUAAAGUAUGUGGUAGUCAAAUAUUUAUUGUGUGUCCGUUUUAUCAACUACUUACUUAUUAGUUAUUGAUUUAAUUCCAACUAGACAGAGAAAGAGAGAGAGAUAGAGUAAUGUAAACAGCCUUCGAGUUGAACUUGUGUAAAGGAAGAUUGGGUUCUUGAUACCACCAUAUCCUUAGUUGAAAUGCGGCUUAAACCCACCCACCAAAUCGCUUUAAUGACCCUUGUGUCCCUUGCUCCAACCCAAAACCAAGCAGAGCUAGGCCAGCAGACGUUGCAUUCCUGGCUAGAAAGCAAAUAAAUACCUGUGUCGGCAAAGCAAAUACAAUACAUUUAUCAAUGUAAGUGUUAACAUUAAAACACUCACUUUUAAUCGCCGUUGUAAAUAGUGCAGUUAAAUGAAACGCAAAAGGGCGAACAAAAAAUCAAAUAAAAAUGAUAUAAAUGAAUGAUGCAAGCCACGGGAAAAGGCUGGAUGGUGCCGCUAAUGAUGAUGAUGAUGUAUGUAUAAAAGAUUGUGAUUGUACUUGUAGUGAUUAAAUGAUAGUAGCAACUCUAUGUAUCCAUAGAGUUGCAAAAAUAUAUAGACAUGUAUCUAUAUGUAUGUAAAUCAAUGUUUUCUUAUAUGUCCAAGCUAUAAAAGUAAUCAAUUAAUGUACUUUAAAACCUAAACUAAUAUUGUAAAAUCGAUUUAAGCCGAAUAAAUCCUUUGAAGCGCACUUUCAAAGUCGAAAUGUAA